AAUACCGCAUCUUCACUCUAGAUUAGCAGCUCAAAAUUGAAGGUUCAUGAACGCUUGAUCAGCUUGGCGGCAUAACCAUUUCUGAUUUCAGCUUGGCGGCCUGCUUCUAUAUGUCGAAAGUUUGCUGCUCUGACUGAGCAUCUUCCAUCCUUCACGGGAGGAUCUGGUCUGCGUUUGAUUUGUCGUCGAGCACGGAGGAUCAGGGUGCGCCGAAUCAGCAAGAUGAGCUACUAUCCACCAGGGAAUACGUGGCAGACCCCAGGGAUGGGCCCUGGGGGAGGGUACGAGGAGUUUGGCGCUCAACCAGGGAUGCAGCGGCCGGCAGCAGGACCUUCCGGGUCGAGUCCUUUUAACAACAUGUUCUCUGGAGCGACAUCUGCUAUGGCACAGCACGGCCUGGCUGCUUAUGGCGGCAAGUUCCUGGGGUCGGGGCGGGAAUACGUGCAGAGCAAUAUAAGCAAACUGGGGAACAUGCACUAUUACUUCCAGGUCAAUUCGCAGUAUGUAAAGAACAAGCUGAAGAUCCUCCUGUUUCCAUUUUUGCACAAGGGCCACUGGACGCGCAUUGCGGAGCAGGUUGGGGGGGAUAAGCUGACGUAUAAGCCGCCGAACGAGGACAUCAACGCGCCCGACUUGUACCUCCCAUUCAUGGCUUUUGGCACAUACAUGAUCCUGUGUGGCAUUUUUCUGGGGAUGAAGGGGCAGUUUGGGCCUGAGGUUCUCAGCAGUCGGUGCACGAGGGGCUUGGUAGCCUGGGGUGCUCAGAUCCUACUGAUGCGGUCGAUACUCUACACCCUCGGAUCCGGCAACUCCCCUCUUCUCGACAUCACCGCGUAUACGGGCUACUCGUUUGUUGGGGUCAGCAUCAACAUCUUGGCCAGGAUGGGAUCACUUUGGGUGUACUAUGGGGUAUUAGCGUGGACCACGAUCAGUCUAGACGUGUUCUUGGUCCGGACGCUGAAACGGAUCCUGUUUGCGGAGGCCCGGAGUUAUGACAGAGACUCGAGCCGGCAUCACUACAUGCUGCUACUGAUUGCACUGUUUCAGUUCCCGGUGGCGAUUGGGCUCGGCCUCCUAUGAGCGCGACUGCUUAGUCUCCCGUCAGAAGACUGGCCGCUUUCAAAGCAGCUUCGUCAAGCCAGGGAUCCGAAACAAACAGAUAUAGCCCUUGCGAUUCUAAAGAUAUCCAUUGGUUCGCAGCCCACGGAGCUGUAUUCAUUAUUUGUUACUGUCGCUGCUAGCUUUGCAUGUGCC